GCUCGACGCGUGGACAAAAGUCGAAUAUAUAUAUAUGUGGUCGCACGGUCAGGUUGCCGCUGUGACCACCAUGUCUAGAGACACCGUGCUGAUCUGCACCUCCGUGGCCGCGCUCGUCCUGCUCUCCGUCCUCACCUUCCUCUGCUCCAGCAGGCGACGCCAGGGACACGGCUCCUCGUUAUCGUCGUCGCACCCGGCCGACGACAUCGAGCUCGGCUGCCGGUGCGCCACCGAGGGGAUCGACGAGGCCGAGCUGGCCGCGUAUCCGACGUCGGUGUACUCCUCGCCGAGACGCGUCGAUGAUGUCCAGCCUGAUGCCGCGCCGUCAACCGACGAGAGCGAUCGGGCGCCGGACGACACGACGUGCGCGGUGUGCCUGGCGGAGUACGCGGACGGCGAUGAGCUCCGGCGGCUGCCGGGGUGCCAGCACGCGUUCCACCGGCGGUGCGUCGACGAGUGGCUGCGCCGGCGGCCCAGUUGCCCGCUCUGCCGCACGUCGCCGCAGUCCACCACCGCGAAGAAUUCCUGAACCGCGCGUCAGAGAUAGCUGUCAGCGUGCAGCCAAUAGAUGGAGAGAGCUAGCUAGAUAGGUCGCCUGUGGUGUCGGGACCAUUUCGUCCGGCGGCAACAGAUGAUGUUUCCUGUGAGCAAAGUACAUACGUAGGGAGUAUAUCGUUUUGGCCA